AUGUCCCCAAUGGCUCCGAACCAAAGUCCUACGAGCCCUGCGCAGAGAAGCAAGACUGCCCAGACAGCAAAUGCCUUGUCCGGACAGGCUACUCCUCUGGACCGUUCCCGCUUCCAUGCCUCUUCAACCUCUGCCGCCAUCACCGCAGAACAUCAAUAUGCCGCCCACAACUACCACCCCUUGCCGAUCGUCUUUGCCCGUGCCGCUGGCACAACUGUCUGGGAUCCCGAAGGACGUUCCUACCUCGAUUUCCUCUCCGCCUAUUCCGCCGUCAACCAGGGUCACUGUCAUCCGGAGUUGGUCAAGGUCUUGGUUGACCAAGCUUCAACCCUCACCUUGAGCUCCCGAGCUUUCCACAACGAUGUUUUCCCCAAAUUUGCGGAAUUUGUCACAAAGUUUUUUGGCUUUGACAUGGUCCUCCCCAUGAACACGGGUGCAGAGGCUGUUGAAACAGGGAUCAAAAUUGCCCGGAAAUGGGGUUACAAAGUCAAGGGCAUCCCCCGAGACGAAGCUGUUGUAUUAAGCGUGGAGAACAACUUCCAUGGACGCACUUUUGCAGCGAUCUCAAUGUCCACUGACCCCGAAUCAAGGGAGAACUAUGGACCUUACUUGCCACUAAUCGGCAGCACAGUUCCAGGCACUGAUAAGCCGAUUGUAUUCAAUGACAAAGCAUCGCUUCGCGAAGCAUUCGAAAAAGCAGGGCCGUCUAUCGCAGCAUUCCUUGUUGAGCCAAUCCAGGGUGAGGCAGGCAUUGUCGUGCCGGACGAGGACUAUCUACAGGAAGCCAGAGCACUCUGCGAUAAACACAAUGCCCUCCUCAUCUGCGACGAGAUCCAGACUGGCAUCGCCCGAACGGGGAAGCUGCUUUGCCAUGAAUGGAGCGGCAUUAAACCCGACCUCGUCUUGCUGGGCAAGGCCAUAUCGGGCGGCAUGUACCCUGUCUCCUGCGUCUUGGGCAGGAGAGAAGUCAUGCUCACAAUUGAGCCGGGAACGCAUGGCUCUACCUAUGGAGGCAACCCUCUCGGCUGCGCUGUCGCUAUUCGCGCACUGGAACUUAUCCGCGACGAAAAGAUGUCGGAGCGUGCAGAAAAGCUUGGCCAGCAGUUCCGUGAGGGAUUGGCUACGAUAAAUAGUCCCAUAAUCCAGACCAUUCGUGGCAAAGGUUUGUUGAAUGCCGUUGUCAUCGACGAGUCUAAAACUGGCGGGCACUCCGCAUGGGAUCUCUGUAUGUUGAUGAAAGACAAGGGAUUAUUGGCCAAACCGACUCACCAGAAUAUCAUUCGCUUUGCGCCUCCUUUGGUGAUUACAGAAGAAGAGUUGAAAACCGCAUUGAAGAUCAUCGAGCAAUCCGUCAAGGAGCUGCCAAAAAUGAAGAGUGCAUAG